AUGACCUUUUUGUCCUUGCUCACUGCAUAUCGGGCCCAGUUCGGAUGCGAUGAUGAAACUCCCCUGUUAAAGCUCAUUGUUCCCCGGCGGACCGGAUUCGCGGCCCGAUCCAACGCUUUCCGAGACCGACUGUGGAAUUUCCAAUCCUGCUUGAGUUUCAUCGAUCGGACCGAGUUCAGCCAGCGAUAUGAAGCCCCGAAGGCUGAUAUGCCUCUCGCAGUUGUCCUGAAUCUCAGCGUUUGCAUGCUCCUUGUAUGCCGCACCCGCGUCAAGCAGCAGAACUGUGAUGUGGCCAGCCUCGGUCAAAUGAUCGCCAAAGAAUUGCAAUAUCCUUGGCUGCUUGAUCAUGCUCCAUUGCCCAAGACUUUGGUCAUGUUCAAUGGGAGGAAGAAUACCGAAGCGGCCAAGCCCAUCCUUGAGACUGCAUACGACCUGGGCAUCCGGCUUGUCAUACUCGACCAUCCCGGCCACUGGUUGAUCAAGUCGCCGUACAACCAUCUGUACCACGAGUUUAUACCGAUGGACAUGAAUUUCGACGACGAUCUUCCGCACCGCAUUGUCGCAGCAGUGCAAACUUGCCUUCCUGUCGACGGCCUCUUCACCGUGUCGGAUCCGUGCUUGGUCGCCGUCGCGCAAGCCGCGUUGAUCCUUGGUCUUCCCACCGAACCUCCAGCGGCGUUUGCAGCGAGUGUCGAUAAGUCCCAAACGCGCGCGUUCAGUGCUGCUCCUGCUAUCGAGGACGGGGACGAUGGCUUCCAGUUUGCCUCCGCCGCCAGUCUGGCGGAACUGGACGGGUUGCUGACCUCGUCACAAUUCAUUCCUCGGUAUCCGCUGAUCGUCAAGCCCUCGACGGGAUGGAGCUCGGAGAACGUGUUUAAGAUCCAUAACCGGACGGAAUUGCUCCAGGCGGCUGCCGGUAUUCCCUCUCGCCCCGCCAGUCCCAGAAUCCUCGUGGAGACUUACGUGAAUGGGCCCGAGGUUGACGCAAACUUUGUCCUCCUCGACGGCCGUGUGCUCUUCUUCGAGGCGUCGGAUGACUUCCCGUGCGCUGCUGACGCCGUUGACGCCGGAUUCAAAGCUGACUUCGGCGAACAAGCCAAUCUCCUGCCCUCGACAUUACCGCCACAGGAACUAAAUAGCAUUCACGACACCUUGCUCCACAUCCUGCGGGCGGUCGGCUUCCGCACAGGAGUCUUCCACCUCGAGGCACGCGUCCGGGACUCUACGAUGGCGUAUACAACCACGGAAGAUGGGGUCCUGGAUCUGGAUCGCAAGCGUGCAGGGUGUCUCGACGCCCCCAGAUGUUUUUUGAUCGAGAUCAAUGCACGGCCUCCCGGUUUUCAAUCGCUCUACGCUACCCGAGUCGCCUACGGGAUUGACUAUGUGGCCCUGCAUCUCCUGGCCGCCUUGGGCGAUCAUCCACGCAUGCAGGCACUGUCGCAUGCCACGCGACAGAUGUCGCCGUUUCAGGAAGAGACCGCUACGGGCCAGUAUCCACUGUGGUGCCAGAUUUUGUUCAUCGCCAGCCACGAUCGCCAGGGAGGCAUUUGUGAGACUCCCGACGCAUGCGAGACGCUCCUGGAAGUGCACCCGCAUUUAAGCUCACAUGUCGUCAUGGGAAAGUCCUUCUUCCGGUCGGGGGACUAUGUUCCCCCGCUAUCGGCGAAUUCCCGGGUAUUUCUGGCCUUUUUCUUAGUGGUCUCCAGAACGAGUCGCGUUGAGGUCUUGAAGGUGGGCGAGGAGAUUCGCAAGUAUUUCCGCCUGGAUCUGCAGCGGCAAACUUAA